ACAAACACUCGGAGGCGCGGGCUUUCAGUCGCCGCCAAUAAUCGCCUCCUGAAGAGACGUCACUCAACCUCGGGGUUCAUUUGCGCUUCGCAGGAAAAAAGAGAGACGGAGAGAGUUGACCGGCGACCUUGCGCCGGGGCUCCCGACAGUUGAUGUAUGUGUACGUCGUCAUUUGUUUUUUCGCUCGUCACUUUUUUUUUAGGCGCGGCCUAACUCCGCUAUAUACUCCGUGGCGGCGAAACCUACGCCAUCACUAACAGCCCAGCCGCCAUCGACCACCAUGAAGGCAGCUCUGGUACUCUUGCUCUGCCUCGUGGCUGUCCUGGCCACAGCGAACGGCGAGGCGUGCGAGCCGGGCACGUCGGUGAAGCGCGGCUGCAACACGUGCUCGUGCACGAGCAACGGGGUGCUGGCCUGCACGAAGAAGUCGUGUCCGCCGCCCAGGAAUGUCAGAGACACCGGCGCCCAGGAGUGCGUGCCGGGGUCCAACUUCAAGCGGGACUGCAACGAUUGCUUCUGCACCAACGAGGGCAAAGCCGCGUGCACCAAGAUGGACUGCAACAACCAGUGAGCGGCCAGCACCGCCCACUGGCUCUUGCAAGAUUUGUCUCUUUGUCCACUAGCGCACUUUUCAGGUCAACUCAUGUCUGUCAUCAUGUAAAAAAAACAAUAAGCUGUCAUAAAUAAACCUGCUUCUCAAACUAA